AUGACUAGCCGGCAGUCUCCUCCGAGUCGCCCUCGUUUAUCGCUGGGCACCCUUCAUUGGGGCAACAUUGGUGGAACUACAUCGCAUAGCAGUAAGCCUCCCAAAAUACCUGCACCCAUAUAUCGACAUGCUGCCCCGUCUGGACCUUGGCCAUGGGUGGACCUUGAGUCGGACACCAUUUUAGAAACGGAACCCGCUCCUCCACCAAGGCCAGUGGAGCAAUGGAAGUGGAGGGGGUAUCCUCAAUGUUUAUUCGGGAACUGGGUCGCCGAUCGAGUUGCACGGUGCAGGAUGGUCGAAAACUGUUCCAAAGAGCCUCGAGAAAAAUGCAAGAUCUAUUAUGUUGAUGUGCUUAAAACUGGAGACUUCAAGCCGGCCAAGGACACCGAUCCACCCAUUGAGGUUGAUGAAGGCGCGUUAAGUCAGCUUUGGGAUCAGUUGCAGACAGAGCCAACAGAUCUUCGUCUUCGGGUCUUGCUCGUCGACAACAUGAAACAUCCUAUACUUCAGAUGCUAGGAACAAGGUACAACAUCGAACCGUGCUUUUUUACAUCCUCGUUAAACUGGAUCCCUUCUCGAUAUCAAGAUGAAGUUGUCAAGAAAAAAGGAGAUCACAUUACGGUAACACUGUUGUUUGUACGCACGGCACCAUGGGAAAAGACUGCGGCGCCUUCUCAAAAUAAGAACAUUUACUGUGGUGAAAAAGCUACAGACACGCAAGAGUCGCUUCGUCUUCGCUCUGUCCGUUCGCCAGCGGAAAAGUACCUUCUUCAAGAUCUGCUCGCUCUCCACAUGAUAAGAUCAUCCGACCCCAGUGGCAGUACUAUCAUAUCUUACCACCCAGGUGCUCAGUGGAAAAGGACAACCGCAGAGCGACUGAAAAGUCUAAUCCACAAAGUGGGAGAGAGCGUGUAUUGGCAAAAGAUAUUCGAACAGUCUAAAGAUCCAACAUUUGUCUUCUUGGCUAUACUUUGGUAUGCACUGUACGCCUGGGACGAAUCCUUGGAACACCUUUACACCCACAUGAACUGGCUGGAAACAAAUGGACUACUGACAAAUGAUAGCCACCUCACGACUGAGUUACACAGUAUCCAAGCUCAACUCCUCCAUUAUGCUUCACUUCUCGAGGAUUUCCGAAAAUCUGUAACCUUCGUCAGGAACACGCCGAGCCCUGUUCUGGAGUCCCGCGAAUUCACUGACCAUACAAGAAGGGACACGAAUAAACUGAUGCGGAAGGAAUGCGACAACCUCCUUUCAGAAAUUGAGAGGCUAGGUUUCCAAUUGAAAAAUAUAACAGACCUCGCUAAAGCGACCGUGAAUUUCGUUGAUAGUCGACGGAUGCAAGAUCUGACGACAGCAACUAUUUCCUAUUUGACAAUGAUUUUCCUCCCUGCGAGCUUCGUUGCGGCAGUUUUUGGUAUGAAUGUCAGGGAAAUUACCGAUGAUGCCACAGAAACCUUGUCCCACUACGCGGUGGUUUCUAUUGCGUUUACAGUGGCCACUGCAUGGCUUGUAAUUGCAUUCCAAUCUCACUCCCCGUUCCACGAGGCAGGAGCUGGAUUUUGGCAGCGUCUUGCUUGGCCAUUUUCAUAUGUCAUAAGACCCACAGGCCUGCGGCAAUUAAUGAAAAACGAGCCCGGUGGACUUCUGUAGGCAGGAUUUUUUUUCGUUUCCAGUUCACAUUGCAAUACGAUCACUUAACUAUGAUGAGACAGAUUCAAUUAUUAGAUGUAGAAUUCUUCUUGUGUCCUGUACCAUCACUUACAUGUUACUGUACGUAGGUGACCCCAGGUUCCUCGCCUUUAGAUCUGUGUCUAUCGAGUUGGGUGUUCGGGGCACUUACAUCCUAUCGUGUAGUCCUAUCUACAGUGUUGCACCGCAUGGUACCAGUGUUUAUGAUUAUUACUAACUUCAUCCAAGACGCCUUUUGCGCAGCACAUUUCCGGUACACGAUGAACAGGAUAAUUAAUAC